UUCUACUUACUGUGCCUGGGGGGAAAAAAACCCAGACAUCGUUAAGUGUUUGAUAUUCAUUGAAUGCAUGUGUGUCACCCAGUCAGGACUCAGGGUGAGUCUGUGUGGGUUGGGAGAUUCUGGAGUAAGAACACACCAUUGAGAGGGACCAGAAUAUGCAUGGAAUGAGGACAUAUCUUUGGAAGCAAGUGAAAGAACCUGGUGUGACUAGAUGUUGAAAUUCAAGUGAUGGAGUGGGCGAUCCUAAGAUUUGGUGGGAGUGGCCUGCUUGGUCACUAGCUGCAGUGGACCGGAGGGAGUUCAGCCAGGUGCAGCCAGGACAUUACAGGUAUGUGCAAGGACUCUUGAGAUGGCCCCUGCUCUCCUUGUUGAGCAUAGGGUGGAAGAUCAGUGUCCACACAUGGACAAAGGCUUAGGCUCUGCAGCCAGGGAGUCCUGCUGCCAGCUGAUUCCAGGACAGCUCAGGCUGUCCUGUUUUCAUCCCGUAGUGUGUUAGCACAGGUUUUCCAGGAGCAAGCCCUAGGAUCAGCAGAUGGACGGGCACUGUGUGGAGUUUAUUGGAGUGCCUCCACAGAUCCAAGGAGAUGAGGAGGAGCCUUGGGUCCGUGAGGCAGGUUGGCCCCUGUGACAGAGGUGUAGGCAGGAGGAAUCCAGCUAGAUCAGUCUCUCUGGGUCAGUCACUGGCUGGGGGUAGGAACGGGGGCUGUUGUGGGUGUCUGUAGAAACCGUGGCUUUAAUAGGAUAGGGCCUCUGAAGGGACUGCAGCGGGGUCCUUCAGUUACAUUUCUAUGAUCUCCAUAGUAAGUUACAUUGUAAAACUCGGGCAAGCUAGACAUGGUUGCACAUACCUGCAAUCCCAGCACUCCAGGGGCUGAGGCAGGAGGCUAGCAAGUUCCAGACUGUCUUGAGCUACCUAGUGAGACUCUGUUUCUCAAAAACAAACAAACUCUCUUAAAUGUCCAGUUGUUCAGAUCUAUUUCUUUGAGGCACUUUUGGUAAGUUUCUUAUCUCCUACACAAAUGUGAUUGUUCUGUACUCUCUUGUGGCUUUUUCCUCCUGCAAAGGUCAGUUUGUGAGGCUCUGCAUCUGUCUGUGUGUGUGGGGGUCUUUCUUGAUCAAUCUCCACUUUAUUUUUUAUUUAUUUGAGGGGGGGACACACUCUCGUGCCACAGUGUGGAUGAGGAGAUCAGAGAACAGCGUGAGGGAGUCAGUUCUCUUCUACUCUGCGGGUUCUAGAAAUCAAACUCAGAUCGUCAGAUUUGCAUCACGUGCCUUUACUUGUCAAGCCAUCUCCCUGGCCCUCUGCCAGUCUACUCAGUGGUCCUCAACCCUCCUAACGCUGCGACCCUUUAAUACAAUUAAUCAUGUUGUGGUGACUCCAACCAUAAAAUUAUUUUCAUUGCUCCUUCAUAACUGUAACUUUGCUGCUGUUGUGAAUUGCAAUGGAAAUAUCUAAUAUGUGACCUUACAAGUUGAGAACCACUGGUCUAACUGAACCUGAAGCUCACUGACGACUGCCUGGCCAAUGAGCCCCAGGGAUGCUCCUGUCUCUGCCCCCUUCCCAGACUCGCAUCCCUGGAGACUGGGCAUCCAAACAGUACUUUGGGCUAUUUGCUGUCUGAACCCUCUCAACAGCCUAGUUUUGAAUUUCAGCAUUGACAAACUGCUUUUUGGAAAGACUCAGUUUAUAUUCUCACCAGUAUUUUAGAAAAUGUGUUUCUUAUUUUUGAACUGGGUCUGAAUCUCAAGGGUGUUUGCAUUUACAUUUAUGUAACAACAAGUCAAGCCCCUAUUUAGACCCUUCCAAGGAAGGCACAGUGUUUGGCUGUUGGAUUUGACUUGGGUAUGUGACUCAGAUCAAGACCUCCUUGCGACUCCCUGAGGUAAUUUGACAAAACUCCCUGUCACCCAUUUCCCGCUCUUGGGGAUCCAAAUAAGCAAUGUUUCACCUUAAAAAUUACAGACAUGGGCUGGAGAGAUGGCUCAUUAGUUCAGUUCCCAGCACCUACAUAGCAUCUGGUACCUGUCUGUAACUCCAAUUCCAGGGCUUCUGACACCCCCACACAGACAUACAUGCAGGCAAAACACCAAUGAACAUGAAAUAAAUAAAUUUUAAAAGAUCGACUUAAAAAUAAGGGUAGAUAAAUGAAUAAAUAGAAUACUAAUAGUAAACAAUUUUUUGAAACAUUACAUGUACGCACACAUGCGAGUUUGUGAGCGUAGGGGUCAAUAAUCUCCUUUCACCUUCCUGUGGGUUCUUGGAUCAUACUCCAGUCAUUGGGUUGUGUGACAAAAGUUACCUGUUGAGCCGUCAUGAAGGCCCAUGUUGCACUUUCUUACCCUCACAUGUGGCCUGUGUGUCAGCAGGAACCCCCAUAGCUAAUGUCAGAAGAAAGUGACUCUCUGCGAACCAGCCCCUCUGUGGCCUCACUCUCUGAAAAUGAGCUGCCACUGCCUCCACCUGAGCCUCCUGGCUAUGUGUGCUCACUGACAGAAGACUUGGUCACCAAAGCCAGAGAGGAGCUUCAGGAGAAGCCCGAGUGGAGACUCCGGGAUGUGCAGGCCCUUCGAGACAUGGUGCGGAAGGAGUACCCCUACCUGAGCACGUCGCUCGAUGAUGCUUUCCUGUUGCGCUUCCUGCGGGCCCGAAAGUUUGAUUAUGACCGGGCCCUGCAACUGCUGGUCAACUACCAUGGCUGCAGGCGGAACUGGCCAGAGGUCUUCAGCAACCUGAGACCUUCAGCUCUGAAAGAUGUUCUUAACUCUGGAUUCCUCACAGUGCUGCCCCACACGGACCCCAGGGGCUGCCACGUCCUCUGCAUCCGACCAGACAGAUGGAUACCAAGCAACUACCCAAUCACGGAGAACAUCCGAGCCAUAUACUUGACAUUAGAGAAACUCAUUCAGUCUGAAGAGACCCAGGUGAACGGAAUUGUAAUUCUCGCAGACUACAAAGGUGUCAGCUUAUCAAAAGCAUCUCAUUUUGGCCCUUUUAUAGCCAAAAAGGUGAUUGGCAUCCUUCAGGAUGGCUUCCCCAUUCGGAUAAAAGCAGUCCACAUAGUGAACGAACCUCGGAUAUUUAAAGGCAUUUUUGCCAUCAUAAAACCAUUUCUGAAGGAGAAAAUUGCAAACAGGUUCUUUCUCCAUGGGUCUGACCUGAACUCUCUCCAUACAAGCCUUCCAAGGAAUAUCCUCCCCAGGGAGUAUGGGGGCACAGCUGGAGAGCUGGACAUUGCCCCCUGGAAUGCGGUGCUGCUGGCAUCAGAGGAUGAUUUUGUAAAAGAGUUCUGCCAGCCUGUGCCUGCCUGUGAGAGUCUCCCGGGCCAGCCACUGCUACCUGAAGGACUGAUCUCAGAUGCACAGUGUGAUGAUUCCAUGCGAGCCGUCAAGUCCCAGCUCUACUCCUGCUAUUAGCUCUCUUCUGGGAGAGUCACCGUGUAGAAUUUCUCCAUUCCUUAGAAAGGCACAAGGCUCAAGAUGCCGAGGCCUCAGUCUUGCUCCAUCAUUAUGCAGCGACGGAGCUGCCUAUAAUGAUUAAAGGGUGAGCCCACCACAGGGAGACCAUUGGCUAUCUGCAUUAUUCCAGGGAAGACAUGGAAAUUGCCCUGGUGAUUCCCAAAUGUUGCAACUCCUAGUCUAUAUAAGCUGUCUGUAUCUGUUUCUUACACAUCUUGGAAGCAACCAGGGUCAAAGUCACUCUGAAGUAACUAGGAGAAGACAAGUGGAUUAAUCACGACUCUGAAACAAUUUGGUCACAACUCUGAAGCAGUUUGCCAAUCCUGAAAGAUGGCCACACAUGAAACUGUUAAGAGUCUCUUUCCCCAAUAACCCUAGGUGUUGACCUCUGUUGCUCAUCAGCAAGAUUCAAGGUUCAUUCAGGCCCUAGCUGUCAUUGCUGGACCUAGAAAGCAUUGUAAACUGAGCAGUACAAAUACCAGGACCCAGGCAGUAGUUACAGAUCAAAUUUGGAAGCCAGGUGCUUCAGAGCAUCCCUGGGAUUCCAGGGUUAAAUCUUGCAAUAGAAACUUUUCCCAAACCCAUAAAGUUCUGAUUCUCCAUGGGAUCAUACUGGUCAACAUAAAAUACUCGAUUUCCAGACUAUGUGAGUAACGCAUUUGGACCAGGAGUCAGGUGUGUGGCUGGACAAGACAUGGACCUCAGCUUUGUCAUUUCUAAAGUAAGCUACAUGGGAUGGUUCUUUGAGGCUGCUGAAAUUGUUAGGUUUUCUGCUUGCAAAGAUGACCACCUAGAGGUAGUUGGGUCUUGGUUUUUUGUGGCAUGUACACAAGCCUUAUGUAAAGGAGUAUCACCAUUUGGCUGUGCCUUUGGUGGUAACCAACUGCCUUUGUAGGAUGAUGGGUGACCUUGAAAGGGAUGGCUUUUGCCAGGCUGACCAAAUCUUGUACAGACCCUUCCACCCUGGAGACACUAGCAGUGUAUCAGAAACAGUCACAGUAAUGGCCAGCUUUGGGCUUCUUCUAUUUUUGUCUCUGGAAACACACUGGGCCAGGUUGUUGCUGGUUUACCUGGGGCCCAGAAGACUGUCUAGUGUGGAUGAACCAGUUGGCUAGAAUGUUAGUUUUGCAUUUAGGCACUUUAGACACCUGUCAAAAUUUUAGCCUUAACCCAAGCUUUGAGGGAAUGAAUUAUCUCCUGGUUUUUGACCUGUUUCCUUUGGUAUUCAUUGGGUAUUAUGAUGUUAAAUAGCAUCAACUAUUGUUGGUCGUGUAUUUACUAGAGUAAGCAGGCAUUCGAUACAGCUUACGGAUGUGGCUUUGAGACUCAAAAAAAGGUCGGUCAAUUGUUACUAAGCUUCCUAAAACAUCUGCAGAAGUUCUUAAUUGAAAUUUACCACAAUAAUGCCAAUUCUGGGGAACAUUCUUUUCACCAUAGAUGCUAAUCCUUGAUCUUUUAGAUCCUGGCUGAGCUUAAGUGCCAAAACACACCCAUCUUGACUGCCCAGAGACCAUUUACUACUAAGUUUCUGCUAUCUGGUUUAGCAGCUCCUGGCAGGUUUUCUGCCUACAGGGAUGACCACUCACACACCUGGAAAAACCCAUGAUGGCUCUGAACCCACCAACCUGGGCAAGAGACUAUAUUAACAGCUUUCUUAGAUCCUAAAGAGGAAGAGAGCACAAGAAAGAAAAUAGACAAAGGGAGCCAGGCGUUGGUGGCGCACACCUUUAAUCCUAGCACUCGAGAGGCAGAGACAGGACAGAGUUCGAGGCCAACCUGGUCUACAGAGCUAGUUCCAGGACAGGCUCUAAAGCUACAGAGAAACCCUGUCUUGAAAACACACACAAACCACCAAAGGGAAAGAUGAAUUUCUCCCCUGGUUUAAAGGUUUAAAUCCUGUCACCUGACUAGCUAGUUCUUUGUUUAACAAAGGGCAGCCAGGCUCACUGGGAAAAAUCUCAGAGCAAAAAGCACCCAGUUUUCUAGGCCUUUCUGAUUAGGCCAAAAGGGAGCCAUUCCAUCAAGCCUGAGAGCUGGGGGUCUGCUGUCCCCCCAGCUGUUCUGCUGCCUGCUGACUCUAAAGAUCAGUCUUGGCACCUCUGGUUUGAAGCCUCCGUGAGGCCAGGACUUCCUGGUGUAAAAGAAAGCAGCUCGUGUGCUGAGCAAGGAGUGCAGCAAAGCUUCAGUUGAGGUGAACACUGGUAGAGGCAUCAAGUGAGCAAGACUUCAGAGGUAAAGUAUCUGACUUAAAGUUCUAGACAUUUUACAGAUAGCUAAAAAUGAAUUUUCCUAAAUUCAAGGUUAUAUGGUGUUGGGAGGGAAAAGCGGUAGUGAAAUAGAAGUGGGUCCCAUCUUCCUACUUGGUCUUGAAUGUUCCCUUGGCACCCUUGAUCACUGGACAAAGAGGCUUGUACACUGAACUCUGAAUCCUGUUCCUAAUUGGUUCUCUGGCCAUAAGGGCACUCUUCUCUGCUUUUUAAAAACAAGGUCAUUUAAGAAUGUAGGUCAAGUAAAUUGGUGCUGCAAUAUGCUAGUGUAGGGAUAUGGGAGUUUCCUUCUCUUGCCCAAGUCCACUACAGACUUCCACUAAAUUCUGAUCCCUGAAACCUAUUGUUCCUUCAUGGAGGGAUACAGAUAAAAAUCUACAGCAACAGCCAGAAGUGCUGGCUUCACACCUUGGCUUUCUCUGGGCACAGGCCGGUUAAACCACUCUCAUCUCAUCCUAGGUUUGUAAGCACCUCAGGUUACAAGGUUUCUUCAGAAAUGGCGGGCAUUCCCUCUGAAUAUCUGGGACAGCCUUGAUCCGGCAGGCAGUUUGGUGGAUGUCAUUUCAUCCUCAUCAUUCAUGGACCUUGCUUUUUCAUCCAGGCAGCAAUGGCUACAAUGCUGUUGUACCAACGCUACAAUACCUCAUCUUGAAGUCAUGCACUUCAGGUUCUCCUGUGGAAUCUCCUUUAGGAAGGAAAACAUUCACUCGAUGUAUGUGUAGCUAUCCUAUGGUCAUGUCAGGCUGGAACACAAAUGGGUUGCUCAGGACAGCCAGCUGUCUUGCUAAGGCGCUCAGUAUUGCCAUCUGUUCACUCUAUAAAUCUCAAGCAAAUUUCUUUCUGCUCUCCCAACUCAGAAAUGCUCAGCUUCAAACACAAGAAGUGCCACCAAAUACUCCGUGGGAGCUAGCUCCACAGGAAGGCUCAGUGUGACGUGCAGUUGGAGACGAUUACCUGGGGUCCUGUGUGUGUGUUUUCAAUCUCACUGGAGGCUUUUUCCAUCAGGCAGUUAAGUGGUGGCUGCUUUGGAGUCUCCUGGAUGUGCCUCGGCUUCUUGGCAUAGCACACAGGAACCCAAUAGGUAAAUACUUGAAACUUCCCAGCGGCCAAGACCUCACAUACCCUUCUGACCGGUGGGAAUGGGGCCGUUUUCCUGGGCAGUCUAGGCUACUACUUUAGCCCAUGGUCACGUUCCUUAUUUCAAACUGAAAUUCAGUUUGACUUUGAGUUUAGGCACAUGUGUUGGAUUCAUCUACUUCAGUGUUUGUUUUGAACAAAAGUUUAUUUUUCUAGUGCAUUUUUCUAAGUGGUGAAAAUAUGUAAUUUUAGUAUGCAUGACUGGUCCUCCAACAAUAAAAAUCUCUGUAAGGCUAA